CACUGAUAUUUUCCAUUUUGUGUUCUUCAAAAAAUUCUUUUUAUUUUAACCUGGGACAUAAGAUAAGCCCCAGAUUUUAACGAUAUGACUUAGGUUGAGGUGAAAAUAAAAGUUCAAUAAAGCUUAUACAGGGGUCAAUAUGGAAAAGAAAACGAAUGGAGAAAAGACGAAAGGACGUGGACUGUCUAAUGCAAGUGCUACACAGAGACCAUGUAAGGAACAUUCCUUUCUGACGGAUGUGGCAGAUGUCAGGGUAAUGGAGCAGGGACUUCUUCAACUUUUGGAGGACUUUCAUUCAGGGAAACUUCAAGCAUUUGGUGGCACUGAUAUGUAUGACAAGAUGAACGAAAUCAGGAGUAAACAGGAACAGCUAGCUCAACUACACUUUGACCUUGACCUUCAACAAGACAUGAGGAGGAUGGCAUCAGAAGAGGCAAGGACUAGAAAUUAUGAGCAAAUCAACAAAAUGAUAGGAAAGCUUCAGGGUCUGAGUACAUCAAUACAACAGCUACCAUCAAAAUAGCAGACAAUGAAGAUGGGAACAAUUGGUUGACAGAUUAUACUGUGAUUAAUUAAUCUACAAGAGCAAUUAUCUUAUUUAAAUAAAGUUACAUUUUUAUUUUGUGUAAUAUUACUGCAUCAAUAUGAUUUAGUGCAUCUUAUUUGACUUGUCAAAGAGACAUCAAGAUAAUUUUGGACGGGCAAUGUCUUUUUAGGUUUGACAGUAUGAAAAUGUAAAAUGGGCCAAAGUUAUUUAGGCUACAAUAUGAGCAUGGUCUCUAAUCAGAUAGAUUCAAUUGGGUUCUAACACUGUUGUCUAUCUGUGAAAUGGAAAACUUUUUGUCUACCAGUUAUAAAAAAAAAGAACACACCUUUUAAUCUAUUAAUGAAAUUUUAAUUUUUUUUUGUCAAUUUGUGAAACACUAAAGAACUUUUUUCCAUCUCUGAGAUAAAAAACAGUUUUUGUCUAUCAGUGAUAAAAAACCCUAUUUUCAAUUGUGAGGUGCUAGCAUUUUUGUAGAACAUUGGAACUUAAACACUAUUCUCUGUGAGAAUAAUGUACUUUUUUCUGUAAAUAAGAAAAAGCAUUUUUUUCCAUCUUUUAGAUUUCACUUAUAUUGAUACAUUAUUGAUUGUUUUACACUCUGAUUUUUACAUGGUAAUUUUUGUUUUAGCUUUUUUUUUUUAUUAGAAAAAAUAAUUUAUGCUACAAACUUGUCAGUAUAAAAUGAUAUGUAAGUUAACAAAGGAUUCUUAAUCUAUCUACCUAUUUCUGACUUUUUUUAUAUUUCAAAACAUUUUGUAAAUGCUCUAGCAUUCUCUACAAAGUUGCACUCUUCAAAUACUACAUUUUCCAUUAUUCAGAAUUGUCUUACAGAAAAACAGGGUUCACUUACAGGAAAUUAUCACAAUAUUUUGACUACAAAACGAUGUCUACACUAUCUGCUAUCACAUAUUUGAUGCAUCAGCAUUAUUUCUUUAGUUUCUUUCUAAAAUCCUGUAUUAUUUGUUUGCUCAAUGUGUGUAUAAUUAUAUUUUUGUCUAAAAUCAUUUUAAAUUGGCUCAAAAAGUAACCAAGAGCUUGAUAUGACAUUAUAUUGAUUAUUUAUUCUUUUCCUUUUGUAUGAAUAUUCCCCCUUAAAACAUCUAUUAUACACUGUGAAAACAACAACUGUACUGUACCCUGAUCCACUUUUCCCACAUAUUUUACUCUUUUGGUCUUAUUCCACUUGCUGCCACGAAAUUUUUUUAAUUUUCAUCGUAAUUUUCAUUGUAAAUACCAGUAUAUAUUUUUACACUCUUUUGCCACAGUGUCAGAUUUCUUUAGCUUAUGUGUUGACUGGCUGUCACUCUAUUCUUUACCUAAUAACAGAAUAAGAAAGUCGUACAUGUUACAUUUUCUACACUCCAACUUACAUACUGCAGAUACAUUUUCCUGCUGCUGGCAUAUUCUUUUAACUAUAACUAUUUUCCAUCCAAUGUAGAUUUCCAUCCUAUCUGUUACAGAUAAAUUUUCUAACCAUAUUAGAUAUUUUCCGUAUCCUGUGCAAAAUUUUCCACCAAUUGUGCCUGUAUUUUAAAGGAACUCCACUGAGGUUCAAAGGUUUAAAAACAUAAAAUUUGAAAAUGUUACAAAUAUCAAGAGAAGCAAAUAAAAUUAGAAACUCUGCAAAG